UCUUCCGGAGGCCACAGGAGGCCUAGAGAGGACAGAGCCCAGGGGGAGGGUCGCGAUCCUCGCGUUCAACUGCCCUGGAACCACAACUCCCAAGAUGCUUCACGGCCUGUGGCCUCUCCAGCCUUGGACUUCAUCAUGCCGAGGGGCUUUCUAAGUGUCUUAUGUUGUGCUUUGUGGCCCCAAGGGCUUCUUUCCUCUACGGGUGUCCAAGGGCAUCUUGGGAAUUAAAUCUCUUUCUUUUGAAAUUACCCCUAGACGCCCAUGAUGCUGUCUUUCAACUUUCUUGAGUACGGUGGAGCCCAGUGAUUCGUGGGGAUUGUAGUCCAUCUGUGUUUUCUCCUUAGCGCCCCAAUGAUUUAUGGUCUAGCAAUGGUUCUAAACACGACGGGCUGCGCUUUGAAAUCACCUGGAACGCUCUGAAAAGCUGUGAACCCAUCCCAGCCCCAGAGAUCCAGGGUACCAGCAGUUCCCAAGGCUCCAGCCACAGUUCCCAACUCCCCUGAGCUGCUUGAGGAGUCCUGGACAUCCAGCACAGGCACCGCUUCCUCACCUAGCACCUCCGAGGGACAGAUGGGAGCCCCACCACCACCCAUCCUGGCAGACAGCAGGGACUCCGUGGUGGCCAAGUACAUAAACCGGUUCCGCCAGGCUCAGCCCACAAGCCGAGAGGAACGCCAGCCUGCAGGCCCAACCCCAGCCGACUUCUGGUGGCUGCAGUCUGAGUCUCCAGCCCCCAGCUGUCAACUUGAAGCAGCAGGGGCCAACAAACCAGAAGGAAGACCCAACACAGCAGUCCCAACUCCUGCCAAAGUGGCCAGUGCAUCCAAGGCUAUGGCCCCCCUUCAGGAAAUGAAGCAGAGGCUCAACACCUGGGACUCACCCCUCCUGGACCUGGAGACGCUGAGCCUGCAGAGCAGAGCUGCUAAGCUCCUCAAACGCAGCAAGGCCUCCAUCUCCUCCUCCUCCCUUAGCCCCAGCGAUGCCAGCGGCUCCUCAUUUCCUGGCAGCUCCGAUGGCAUCUCACCCUUCUCCGUGACCCUCACCCCUGACUUCAGCAAAGACCCUGGCCCCAGGGUACCCGCAACCCUAGCAACGGCCCCCACCCCUGCUCCAGCCCCGGCCUCCUCCCGGGCACCCUUGCGGCCAGAGGAUGACAUUCUGUACCAGUGGCGGCAGCGGCGGAAGCUUGAACAGAUUCGCGGGGGCGAGGGUGACGGACCCUGGGUGUCGUCCCGGAAGCCUGCCCUCACCACUCCGGUCCCUGCUCCCAACUGUCUACAGACCGCUCCUGCCCCUGCGGGGACCCUCGGCGCUCUGGGGACCCAGCCUAACUGCAGGCCCCAGUGGGGCAGGGUGGCCCGGCCCGGCCCCCCGGAGGCCUUCUGUGUGGAGGCGCCUCCUACACUCGCGGGAGCCCCUCCGCACAUCUUCUGGGGCCCCAGUCCCCACGGGUUCUUCUGGGUCCCGCAGCCCAGUCCCUGGGCAUCUCUCGGGGCGGUUCCCCUAGCACCGCCGGUCCCCACCCCCGCCCCCCCGGCCGCCCCCCAGGGCCCGCCCGACCCUGCGCCCGACAGCCCCGCCCAGCCCGAGAGGAGGGACCCCAAGCCUCGGAGGGGCAGAGCCCCGCGCCGGGAGCCUGCUGGGCGAGUCACGGCAGCCGGCGAGGGGCCUGGCCCGCAGCUCAGGGGCGCCCUGGGCCAGGUGGUGAAGGCUCGGCUGCUCCCCGACAGCCUGGAGGACACGCCCCCUCGCCUGGAGGGCCCGCCUCCCCCCGAGGCCGGACCCCCCAAGGUCAAGGGCACACCCCCUCCAGCCAAGGCCCCGCCGCCUCCGUCGGAAUCGCAGUCGCCAGCCGCCGAGGCUCCGCCGGGUGGGUCUAAGGUCGCGAGGCGGAAAGCCGAGGCCACGCCCCCCACGGCGGAGGCGGAGCCUGGGGAGGCGCAGGAGCCUGUGGCCACGGCCCCGCCCCCCGCCGGCCACGCCCCCCCGGAGUCGCUGCUCUCGCAGGCGGCCCGGCUCCUGGAGGCCGCUGAAGACUCCGACGGCAGCGAGUUCCAGGGUGACCCUGUGCUGCAGGUGCUGAGGGCCCAGAGGGCAGAGCUGCGGCGGCGGAAAAGGGCCGUGGACGCAAGAUUAUCCCACCUGCUAGAGCACUCUGAGGACCCCGAGAAUGGGUCCCCUCCGUCCAGGUCUCCCCCUGGGUCCCCAAGGAGGCGGCUGCGGAGGGAAGGAGACUCCCUCCAGGCCAGGCGGCUCUGAAUUGUACACAUUCUAUUUUCCCCAAUAAAACCUUUUCUCUUUUUU